AUGAUUGAUCUUCCUUCCAAGCAAUAUGACGAGAAAGUCAUGAUUGUUAAAGGAAAUACUUCUCCUCCACCGCCGUAUACGGAAAAGGCACAUCUGAAUUGUCCACCCGGUCAGGCAUUUCCAUUAGAGCCAUUACCACCAUAUCCAGCUGGGCCAAAUCUAUCAAAAGUGAAAUAUCCUCGAGAUGUAUGUGCUCCAAGGUAUAUGUGUCCGCAUUGCAAUGAGCAGUUUUUGUUUCAUCGUUUGAAUGGAGUCGUCUUAUGUCCAUUUUGUUAUAAUACAGUAUCAGUUGGUCGUUAUACGAAACAACAAUGCCAAAUCUACUUAUCAACGUCAAUAGCAUUUCUCUUAAUGUCCAUUGUCUUUUUACUUCUCUACAUAUUCGUUUUUACGAAACUUUACAUUCUCGUGAUGGCAGUCUGUAUUUGUAUAUUACUGUCAAUCGUACUGAUUGUUCGAGCAGCUCACUCACGGAACUGCUUAGAGCAAGCGACACGAGUCGAAGAAGAAUGCUAA